AUGGGUAAUGCAAGUGCAAAAGCUGUAGAUGCAGUAAAAGUCGAAGCCCCGGUCGUGGCAAAUGCUGAAAAGCCUAAGUUAAAACCAUGCUGUGCUUGUCCAGAAACAAAAAGAGCUAGAGAUGCGUGUAUAAUUGAACAUGGAGAAGAAAAUUGUGGGCCGUUGAUUGAAGAACAUAAAGCUUGCAUGAGAAAGAUGGGCUUCAAUAUA